UAUGUAGUGCACUUAUGUAGGGCGUAUAGAGUUGUUUGGGAUUUAAUCGGGGUGUCUAAUUUGCUAGCAGACCUGAAUGUUCUCAUUACACAGGCAACAAUGUGUUUAAAAUAAAUGGACAAGACUACAGAUGAUGCCUGUGAUCUGCAGCGACAGGUUGAAGAAAUCGAAGCACUUUCCUCUAUUUAUGGGGACGAGUGGUGUGUGAUCGACGAGGCGUCCAGGGUCUUUUGCAUUAAAAUAUCAGAUGAUAUUUCUGAACCCAAAUGUUCAGUUUGUUUACAGAUCAUACUACCUGAAGACUACCCAAGCUCCUCCCCUCCAAUAUACCAAAUAAACGCUGCAUGGUUAAGAGGUCCAGACAGAAUCACAUUGUCAAACAGCCUCGAGGAAAUCUAUCUGGAAAAUCCUGGCGAGAGCAUCCUGUACCUGUGGGUGGAGAAAAUUCGAGAAUUCCUGGUAGACAGACCGCAAAAUGCAAACGCAGCAGAUGGACUGGAGCCACGGCAUGCAAAAACGACAGAAGAACAGGAUGACGAUUUGGAUGAGGGUGAAAUUCCAGAUUACAGCGUCCUGAGGCUCAGCACUGAGCAGGCGCAUCUUUUCUCCGUCUCCUCCACAGAUUCAGAUGAGGAGCUCCCAGUGAUUAAACAUGGCGAGGCAAUCACAGACAGACGCAGCACAUUUCAACCUCACUUAGCUCUCGUAGUGACAUCUAAACAGGUCCAGAGGGUGCUAGACAAACUGUAUGAAAACAAGAAAAUUGCAAGUGCCACCCACAAUAUAUACGCAUACAGGAUAUACUGUGAAGACAAAAACACAUUCCUACAGGAUUGUGAGGACGAUGGAGAAACGGCUGCUGGUGGGAGACUGCUACAUCUACUGCAGAUUCUGGAUGUGAAGAACGUGCUAGUGGUGGUGUCACGAUGGUAUGGUGGUAUCCUGCUCGGCCCUGACCGCUUCAAACACAUCAACAACUGCGCAAGGAACAUCCUCGUCCAAGAGGGUUACACUGAAACCUUGGAUGAUGCAUCUAAACCAGGGGGGAAGAGCAAGAAGCCCAAAAGCAAGAAGAUGAAGUGAAGUCAUGUGUGCAUGUCUGUCUAUGUGCAUGUCUGUGUGUGUGUGUGUGUGUGCGCCUGUGCCUCAGUAUUUGUAUAGCCUCUCAGGAAUGUGUGUGUCACCAGGCAGGUGCGAGUGGAUAAGGAGCUAAACACAAAACACAGCAGAAGAAAAGAAGCUUUGAAUGAAGUUUAAACAAAGACGUCAUCAGUUCUGAACAACAUUCAUUUGUCAUAUUUUUAUAUUCAAAAAGUGAAUGUACAUAUUUUGAAAAAUUAAACCUGGUCAAGGACAUUGCUGCAAGCUUCAUGAUUUGGGAUUUGCAUACUGAUUUGCAUAACAAGGCAUAAAUGUCAGUUGUAUGUGUCUGUUAGUAUGAAACAUUGUCUCACAUCUGUGCGUCUGUGUGUGUGUGUAGGGGUGUUAAUGCUGCAGAAAGGCAAUGUGUCAAAGCCUCAUUUUCUCGCAGUCCUUUUAUACCAGCUAGAUAGUCACCAUCAUUAAAACAUUUUCAGAGUGCUUUGAUGAGUCUUUUCGUUGUUUUUCAUUUCUCAACUAUUUAUGCAAAUCCUUAAUCAUAGACACUUUAUCUCCUGUGUCACUAGAAGUGAGGUUAAUCGGAAUUGAACAGUUUGUUUUGACCUCCAUCACUGAACACUGGCAUGCUUCUGUUAGUAAUAACAGAGAAGAUAACAUCAGAUAUCAAGCUGCGAGAUGUUAUAUACAGGUAUUACACAGAAAUAGACUGUUUCUAAUGUCCUAUUAUGUUUGCUUGAUUUGAAGUGACUUCUAAAUGGCCUUAAUUAAAAAAACAAAGUUACCAGAGUGCAAACUCAGAUUUAAAACAUGCAGAAACUCUGUGUGAAUAUUCAUGUGUUUACAGACAGUCCAUCAAAUACACUUUGGAGAGAGAAAUAAGGAAUAAGAAAAACUAGGGGGCAUGCUGUUAUAAGCAUGGAAAAUAAGCAACAACAGGGUGUGUGAGGCAGCCUAAUGCAAAGCAUCUGUUAUGACCCUGAAAUUAAUUAUGUUUCAAUAACAGCAAACCACAGUGACUUUUCCAUUGAUUAUAA